AUGGAUCUCGGAACUUCUGAGAUUCGACAGCGAAAAGGAAUCACAAAAAUCGUCGAGGAUUUUGAUAUAUUCGAAAAAGUUGUGGAGAAUGUGAAAGAAGAAAAGAAAGCGUCGUCUGGUGCAAUCUCCUUCGUCUGUUUCACCAUCAUUUUCUGCCUUUUUUGCACGGAAACCUACACAUUUCUAUUCCAUAAGAAAUAUGACUAUCGAAUGCCACUCCUUGAUUUGGAUAUGGUUAUCAACACUCCAUGCUCAGUGCUUCAAGUAGCAAGUUCAUCCGAUGAAUAUUCCGGUGGCGAUGGCUUAUUGAGGCAGACGAUUCAGAAAAAUCCGACCAGAUUCGAUUUCACUGACGAGGAGCAAAUGUAUUGGACAAUUCUACGUCAUGCACACGACCAGUACAAUAGGAGAGGGAUGAGAGCUUUAGAAGAGUUGGAGUAUGUCGAUGACGAAAUUGAAACAAAUCUAGAGCACUUGGCGAAUGAGAAACAAGAGGAAGAGGCUGCACACAUUAAAGAACAAAGAAUGAAAAAUAAACAGACGAAACAUAGAGGGACCGGACAGAUUAUGUUCCUUGUUAGCAAUGGCAUGGGAAUGUUCCAACUCGUAGCUGACAAUGGAGGAGCUGAUGGCGAAGAUGGAAAAGCUUGUCGUCUACAUGGAAAAUUCAAAGUCAGGAAAGGAAAAGAGGAGAAAAUUGUCAUGUCUAUUAGUAAUCCCUUACUUAUGUUCGAACACCAGGAGAAACAACCUGGCAACAUCUCUCAUAGAAUUGAAAAAUUCAAUUUUGGACCGAGAAUCCCUGGAUUGGUUACACCACUGGCUGGAGCAGAGCAUAUUAGUGAAUCAGGGCAAGACAUCUACCGAUACUUUAUCAAAAUAGUGCCAACCAAGAUCUAUGGGUACUUCACUCACACAUUAGCAUAUCAAUAUUCGGUUACAUUCUUGAAGAAGCAAUUGAAGGAAGGAGAGCACUCUCAUGGAGGAAUAUUGUUUGAGUAUGAGUUUACUGCUAAUGUCAUCGAGGUUCAUAAGUCAUCUGUAACCCUCUUCUCCUACCUUAUCCGAAUCUGUUCUAUCCUUGGAGGUGUCUACGCGACGAGUACAAUCAUCAACAACGUUGUACAACUCCUGCUGUCUCUUGUCUACACUGAUAAAAGUCAAUUGAAUCAAUUCCAAAAGUUGCAUGAGUCUCGAAACAGUUUAUCAACGGAUUCUGCGGCGUUUGUGAUGGAUGCAAAUAUGCGAGUUCACUAA